AUGCGCUCCCUCACUUGGCUCGCCACUCUGGCUUCCCUUCACACUGCCUUUGCCUCCCCACUCGCUUCCAACGGCCAUGACUCCAAGAACAAUGGCUACAUGAACUGGCGCACCUUCACCGGCUAUGGUGUCAACUUGGGCGGCUGGCUCGAACAAGAAUCUACCAUCGACACCCGCUGGUGGGCUACCUAUGGCGCCAAUGCCUCCGACGAGUGGACUAUUUGCGCCAACCUAGGCUCCGCCUGCUCUCGCGUCUUCGAGCAGCGCUACGAAACCUACAUUACCCCCGCAGACAUCGACACCCUCGCCUCCGCUGGUGUCUCUAUCCUGCGUAUCCCUACUACCUACGCUGCCUGGGUGCGCGUGCCAGGCUCGCAGAUGUACUCUGGUAACCAGCAGAAGCACCUGCGCCGCAUUACCGAGCACGCCACCCAGAAGCACGGCAUGCACGUCGUCCUCGAUCUCCACUCGCUGCCCGGCGGCACCAACGGACUCGAUAUCGGCGAGAAGGUUGGCAACUGGGGGUGGUGGAAUAACCAGACCGCAUUGGAGUGGUCGCUUCGCGCCGUCGACGCGGUAGCUGCCUUCGUGCAGUCCUCUAGCAGCCCGCAGAGCUACAGUAUCGAGCCUAUCAACGAGCCCGCCGAUAACACAGAUCUCUCUGUGUUCGGCACAGCCGCCGCGCUGACCGACGACGGAGCUGUCUGGCUGCUGAAGUACUUCAACGCCGUCAUCGCGCACGUCAAGAAGAUCAAUGCCAAGAUCCCCGUUAUGUUGCAGGGUAGCUUCAAGACGGAGCAGUACUGGUCUCCUCACUUCGAUGCUUCGGAGAACAUUGUGUUCGACCUGCACCAUUACUAUUUCCAGUACCCCGAGGCGACGAGUGCGAAUGUUACCGAGUAUAUCUGCAAGGAUGCCAAGGAGUCUGCUGGUGAUGGCAAGUUCCCUACUUUCGUGGGUGAGUGGGCCAUGGAGACUGGUGGUGAGAAUAAGCUUGCUCUGCGGAAGCAGAAUCUGCACGCUGGAUUGUCGGCGUGGGCGCAGUAUACUCGUGGUAGCUCGUACUGGAAUGCCAAGUUUGAGAGCAAUGCUACUAUUGUUGGAGAGGGUGUGAAGCAGGAUUAUUGGAGCUUCGAGGAGUAUAUUGCGGAUGGGUUUAUGAAGGGAAAUGUCCUGGCCAAGAAUUACUGCAAAUAG